CUAGCGCCAGACAUGAGUACUGGCCUGGCUCAGUCCUCCUACUAUCGGAUCCACAUCUUGAACAUCGCAGUGUAGUCGAGUCGAGCCGCGGCUGAGACACGGUCCGGCGUGUGGACAAGGCGCCCGUAGCUCCGGGUUCCUGCUUCUUAUCCGUGCGCACCGCGGACUACCACAACCGCACACACGACCCCUUUUUUUUUGGCACCUAUCCGCGCUUUUUUUUUUUUUUCCUUUCCUCUAGCGCUCCGAUCUCUCCACUGCAGGGCCUCUUCUUCAGUUUUUUUUACAGGAAAAAAGUGGGUGUUUGCUGCUCACUGGUGUUUCGGCAGCAGCGGCGGCGGCGGCGGCGGAGAAGUGUCCUCGAUGGCUGGGUGGAAGGACGGAUCGGUGCAGGAGAAGUAUCGGCUGGUUGUAGUCGGAGGCGGCGGUGUCGGGAAAUCAGCCCUGACCAUCCAGUUUAUCCAGUCAUACUUUGUCACCGACUAUGACCCCACGAUUGAAGACUCCUAUACUAAGCAAUGUGUGAUUGACGAAAGAGCGGCGAGGCUUGACAUCUUAGACACGGCUGGACAGGAAGAGUUUGGAGCCAUGCGAGAACAAUACAUGAGGACAGGGGAGGGCUUCCUGCUUGUCUUCUCAGUCACUGACAGAGGAAGCUUUGAAGAAAUCUACAAAUUCCAAAGACAAAUUCUCCGAGUGAAAGACAGAGAUGAAUUUCCCAUGAUCCUAGUAGGAAAUAAAGCAGAUCUGGAACUACAAAGACAAGUAUCCCAGGAAGAGGGCCAGCAGCUGGCUAGACAAUUGAAGGUUACAUAUAUGGAGGCCUCAGCCAAAAUCCGUAUGAACGUAGACCAGGCUUUCCACGAGCUGGUUAGAGUAAUCAGGAAAUUUCAAGAACAGGAAUGUCCUCCGUCGCCAGAACCAACAAGAAAAGAGAAAGACAAGAGCGGCUGCCAUUGUGUAAUCGUCUGAGUCGGCCUUAUCACUGUAACUCAUGCAGCUACUCUCUACCACCCCACCCACUCUGCCUGACAUCACAUCCUCAGUGGAUGACUGACCGCUGCCUUCUCCACGUGCAUGACUCCAGACAGCUUUUUCUGAGAUCCUCUGAUGAGGAACGGCUGUCCCCAGGACAUCACUAUGGACAACUGACAAUGCCAAAUUUAACACCACUCUACCUUCAGCCGUAAUCUAAUUCACACGAGAGAGUCCCAACACUAAACAUUGCCUUCUAAAUCAGCCUGAUAAAUUAAUGUUUUGUACUCUGAAGGACUUCUCUUGCCUUGUAGUGACAUUUGUACUUGCUACCGAGAUUGAAUGAAAACUAUAUAUCCAGAAUGUUAAUGUUUCUUUAGUUUCCAGUGUCUGACCAGAGCAGAGAGAUUAUCUAAUGAAGCUUUGUGUAUGUUGUGCCAUAUCCAUCUUUACUCCCAUGUGCUAAUCUGCUACUGUACAUAUGUGACAUUUGUUGUGAUUUUCAAAGUGUAUUUCUAAUGACCUAUUAAAUCACCACAGUACAGUGUGUGAGGUUGACUUUGGUUUUACAUAUAUGAAAGUGAAUAUAUAAGUAUGUAUAUAGAAACAUAAUGCCUAGACAGCCCUUAAAGCUACAUCGAUAGACCUUUUCUGGCAUUCUGCAGUGGAUUCUGUUCUUUGUCUGUGGUUUCUGCUUCUCAUCUCAAUUACCAAAUAUGUAGUGUCUACUGUAUUUGAUUUUUUCAAAAGUCUUAUAGAAUGUAGGAUCCAUAUCCUAUACCGUCUCCUCAGUGUACUGAAGUAGCAAACUUGUCUGGUUUCUCUCCCUGAUGGAAGCGGUUCAGUCAUAAGUGGACACCGUUUGUUGUGUCUGAUUUCUACACAAUAGGGACAAAACCAUCGGUGACACGUUGUGUAGCUUUGAUAACUAGUGUGUUUUCAAAUUGAAACACUGAACACUGUAUGCUCUAUACUCAUGUUUUGACUAGUACUGCUUACACAUCCAUUUGUUGCAAAUCAGAGCUCGUUUCAGUCCAGGUCAUUCCAAUGUAACAUAACUUUUCUGUCUAACAUUUUGUCUACAGUACAAAUCAAGUAACUGUAAUAACAUUCCAAUCAGUGUAUUUGUUUUUGUCCUUGAGUUAUUCUGUUACAAAACUUCUUCCUUAUUGAUUUGUCAGUCGGAAAACAAGGACAACCACCAAUGGAACGUGAACUCAUCAGACCUGCCACCUGUGGAGUUAUCGUCACCACAGACACAAAGUACUGUUCUGCCUUCCCUUUCCCCUCCUGUACUUCUGUUCGGGCAUACUAAUGAAGUACUGCAGUUUGUUUUUCAUAUCAUCAUCCUGUAAUAUAAACAACAAGAAAAAUCAGAUGAUGGAAGUAUGGACUUGAUUAAAUGUUUCUACUCUACUUUUAUACAUUAUUUUCUUAUAAAACUAGUUGACAAGUAUUUUUAUAUGUUUAUAAGUGAAUACACAUUCACAGCAUAGCUGUGUAUAUAUGUAAAGAGGAAUAUUUAAUUCUCUUGAUUAUUUUAAACUAAAGAUGACUGUUGGCCCAAAUUUGCAAAAUUGGAUUCUUCGCUAAGAUGUGUCCAAGAAUGUUUUUUCUUACUGAGGCUUCGUAAUGGAGAAUCUGUUUAUAUUUAGGAGUGACCUCCAGCUCAGAGUGUAAAACACCACGUUAGGUUGGAGAGGGUUUUGGAAAUGAUACUGGUCUUUACAAAAGAGCUUUAAACCACACAAAUUAAUGAUUAUCAUCACUGAUAUUUGAAAUAUCACCAUGCCCCAUCCUGUUGGAAAUCCUAGUGUACAUUCAAAUCAUAAUGUUAUUUUCAUUUCUUCCAUAUCAGUGUCUUUUGCCCUGUGUUUAGCUUUUUUGGUGCUAAAAUAAAAACUGUCAUUGAGCCAGA